AUGGAUGAUGCUCUCAUUGAUGCAUACUUGCAUCAACAAACAAUGGGAAAUAGAGUUGGUGGAACAUUCACCACACAUGCAUUGGAGAACAUAGUAAAUGAAGUGAGAAGUAAAUUUUUGGAUAAGCCAAUAGACAAAGAAAGGGCCCAAAACCGCAUGAAAAAUAUAAAGCGAGCUUUUAUAAGGUGCUAUGACAUUUUCAAGAAUGGAAUGAGUGGGUUCGCAUGGAAUCCAACUAGCGAAAUGUGGCAUGCCGAGUCUGAAGUAUGGCAACAUUUAAUUGAGACCAAACCAGAAGCUGCUGAAUGGAUGACCAAAAGGGUAAGAAAUUAUGAGAAACUUGUUCAACUUUAUGGACAGAAUCGGGCAACUGGGGUACAAGCGGAAACUGCAUCAGAAAUGAGGCGACGAAGGCGAAAUAAAAUAAAUUCUUCGGAAAAUACAAUAGAUGAAAUUGAUUUGUUAGUUUCACAGAACACAGUGAACUUAGAGAAUUUGGGUGAAAAUUCAAAUACAGUUGUGCAAGAAAGCGAAGGGGAAGAUGAAGCAUCACCAAUGGCUACAAAUCAACAAUCGCAAACUCAAGCUCCAAGUUCAUCUAGGCACAAGAAGAGAAAAGAAAUGAAUAAUGAUGAUGACAAUUGUGACAAAGUGGGUACAACGAUUGAGAAGGUAGCUGAUGCUAUUCUUCAAUCAACCAACAUAUUAGUUCAAGCAUCUGCCACAAAUCCUACCAAAGAUUACAACAUUUGGGGUAUGCUUAAAGAUUUAGGGAUCUCACAUCCUAUUCUUCGGAAAGCUUACAGGUUUCUCAUCAAAGAUUCUAAGUUAUUGGAUGGUUUAAUUAGAUGUCCAAUAGAGGAACGCAAGUCUUUAUUGUUGAGUUGGUUGGAUUGUGGUGAUGACCCACAAACAAUAAAUGUUAUAAGACUCAGAGUUUUUGAACAAUUUGAACUCUGCUUUUUGAUGCUUUUUGAUGCUUUUUGA